AAAACCGAAGAAUUCGAGAGUUUUGCAAUUGGGGAUUGCCAGAGCAGAGAGAGAGAGAGAGAGAAGCAGCUUGUAGGAGCUCUACAAUUUCCCCCAAAAUCCACAAUAGCCAUUUGCACGCUUCUGCGCCCAGAAAUAUUGGGAUUAUGAGCAUUAGGUGAAUAUAGUCAGAAGAUAUGGCGGGAGGUUCUUCUUCCGCUUGAAGGUCUCAAAGAACAGAUUAAAGAUAGACACAUCAUUUAGAGAUGUUUUCAUUAUUUUAUGGACUUUGGAAGUAUAUAUUCAGCAAGACGGAGUUUCAUGUUCUUAUUCUCGGAAUUGACAAGGCUGGGAAAACGACUUUACUGGAGAAGUUGAAAGCACAUUACUCAAACCUGGAAGGCCUGCCUCCUGAUAGAAUAGUUCCCACUGUGGGGCUAAACAUUGGGCGGGUAGAAGUGUUAAAUUCAAAGCUAGUGUUCUGGGACCUGGGAGGUCAGCUUGGUCUUCGCUCGAUCUGGGAAAAGUAUUAUGAAGAAGCACAUGCUGUGGUAUUUGUCGUCGAUGCUGCCUGCCCAUCGCGUUUUGAAGAUUCAAAAUCUGCACUAGAAAAGGUCCUUCGGCAUGAGGAUCUGCGAGGAGCCCCUCUUUUGAUAUUAGCAAACAAGCAGGAUCUUGCCGAUGCUGUAUCAGCUGAAGAACUUGCUCGAUAUCUAGACCUUAAGAAAUUGGAUGAAAGGGCUUACACAUUUGAAGGUGUUUCGGCUUAUGAUGGGACGGGAAUUAAAGAAAGCGUGGAUUGGCUUGUCGAGGUUAUGGAGAGAAGCAAGAGAACAGAAAUGCUGAGAGUCCGUGCUGGCGUACCCGCGUAGCAAACUCAGGAUCUGCAUAGAGGAGAUUAUAUCAUUAUAAUUUGGAUUUUUUUUUUUGCUUUUGUAACUUUUGUACUUAGAUUAUGGUUCAACAUAACCUACACGUUUGGACUUGAUCACCAAUUGGUUUCAAGCUCACAGUUUAUGCCUCUGUAUUGGUUUCUUAUUGGUUCAACUGGAUAUGAUUUUAUUUUGAGAAAUAGUUGAUUCUUGAGUGACAAAUCUGUUUAAUUCA